UAUUCUUCCAUUUCUUGUGCAGUUGAUCUGGGAGGCGAAGUAAUGGGAAAAAGGAAGAUUGCGAUUAAGAGGAUUGAUGAUAUAACCAACAGGCAAGUGACUUUCUCAAAGAGACGAAGUGGUUUGUUCAAGAAAGCAAAGGAGCUUGCGAUCCUCUGUGACGCACAAGUUGGGGUCAUGGUGUUCUCUAACACCGACAAGCUCUAUGAAUAUGGAAGCUCCAGCCUGAAGUCAAUUAUUGAGCGCUACAAUAAACAGAAAGAGGAACAUCCGCUUAUGAAUGCAGCUUCAGAAGCCAAGUUUUGGCAAAGAGAAGCAACGGUCUUGCGGCAAGAACUUCAACACUUGCAGGAAUUGCACAGGCAAUUGAUGGGUGAACAACUUUCUGGUUUGGGCAUUAACGAAGUGAAAAAUUUGGAAAAUCAACUGAAGAUGAGUUUAAAAUGUGUCCAGAUCAAAAAGGAUCAAAUCUUAACUGAUGAGAUUAAAGAGCUACAACAAAAGGGAAAUCAAAUUUGUCAAGAAAAUGUUGAACUUUAUGGAAGGAUACAAUUCAUUAGUAAACAAAAUGCAGAGUUGAAAAAGAUUUGUGAAGUAGCCGUUCUAAAUGAAGGAAAUGGGAGUUUCAAUCCUCCAUAUACCAAUCUGCAGCUGAGCCAGCAGCCACAAUCUCAAUCUAAUUACAGCUGCUUUAGCAAUAGUUCUGACCAUGUUCUUGGGUUUUCAGACAACAAUUUCUAUGGGGCAGAAAUGUUCGAUUCAACAAGAU